AUGGAUAACAAGAACAAGCCAUGUGCCCUGGCAUCAUUCAUGAAGUUGCUGAAAUCACAAUCUCUUUCGAACGUAAAGGAGAUUGUCAUCGUCGAUGAUAAUGCAAGAAGGAGAAGGUCUUCUUGCCGAAGACUUGGCAAUGCGUUAAAGGGCGGCGCGAAGUGCCCUCAACGACGCAGCUUUCGCAAGUCACAACGCUGGGAGUCUAGUACUUCUUCCUCAUCCCUAGGUGCUGCUGCUCCUUCCUCAGCAUCUGCACUGGCACCGGCUGUGAACAAGAAGGAAGCACCAAUGAAGAGACGAGUCUCCGGUAUCUUCUGUCCUCAAAGAAGAGCCUCCAUUGAACGAAGAGAGUCGAUAGACUCGGAUACCUCUGUUUGCUCCGCUGCCUCUGCUGAUCUUGCAUUCUUGGAUCAGAGCUCACCAGCACCAGCACCAGCAGAAGAACCGGCUUUGGAACAACCACUCCCAGCCUACAACAUUGCUUUGCAGAUGAUCAGCCAAAAGUAUGCGACUCCUACUUCUGCGGCUACAGCACUGACACCGCCAACACGACGACCAUCCUAUGGAGAUAUUCAAUCCAAAGGGUCGUCUCACCAACAACAACAAGCUAAACAGCAAGGGAGGGGUUCUGGAAUCAAACUGUAA